AUGGUGAUGGGAUUGAGGACAAUUGUUCCCCUCGCCCUUUACUUGGGCGGGGCGGCCGCUUUCGACCCGGACUUCGCCUGGCACGAGGCGAGGCAGACCGACGGCGACUUGGCUAAGAUGGCUGGCAUCGUGCCUCUUGCGACUGCUGCUCCUGAGCCCGGUCUCCUUCAGAAGAGAGGCACCAACACUUGCGGUUUCAUCGACGGAGAUGCCAGGCAGGGAAUCACUUGUCGAGCUGAUCUCGGCGCUGAGUGUCUUUACGAUUCGACAGCGUCUGCGAUUGGAUGCUGCGCGACAACCAGCUGCAGCAUCUGGACCGCUUGCUUGCCCUUCACCUCCUCCGACGCUACUUCAACCGUCGAUUUGGAGAGGACUCGUUAUUGCUCCAACAGCGCCCUGCCCCAUUGCGCUGUCUACAAAUUCGAGGACCCCGUAUGGACCGGUUACACGAUCGCGGUUUGCGACUCCGUGUCCUCCACCUACUCCUUCUUCCCCUCGCCUCUCGGCGUCACCACCACGAGUUCGCGCGGACGCACGACUACGACUUCCACUACCAGUGAAACUUCGACGAGUUCGAGAACUUCAACCUCGCCUGGCCCGACCACAACGACGUCUGAGCCUAGCGGUGGGGGUGCACCCGUCGGCGCCAUUGUGGGAGGUGUCAUCGGUGGCCUUGCUGUCUUGGCCCUGUUCGCCGUUGGUCUCUUUUUCAUUCUCCGACGACUCAAGCAGAAGGGCAACAACAACGUCCCGCCUACUGGGCCUCCCAUGAUGGCCGCCGCCAUCCCGCCGCCCGGCCCUCAGGCGCCUCCUCAUCAACCCUACACGCCUGACCCCAUGAAGCCGCAGAUGUACGCCGGCGCUCCCUCGUCAGUGCCCUCGAUGUACGGCCCCCAACCGGAGGACCCGACGGACAGGCUGGAGGCUUCUACUACAACCAACCCCCGGUAG